AUGCAUAACAAUGUCAAUAGAGCGGUGCAUUGUAGGUGGCCACUGUGUGUGUUAGUGGAUGAGAAGAGUAUAUUACCAGAGAUUAAUAUAAUUAAUAUAGAUGAAGGAAAAGUUAUUCAGAGUUUAAAAAUAUUAGAGAAAGUCCUUCCAAGCUACCUGUGUUGGCACGAGGAGCUACUUGUUUUAGUGGUUGGUUUUGAACACUAUUUUGAAGUUUGGACUCUUGAUCAUGAUUUAAGAUAUAUUGAGCUUUUAGAUGAAGGAAUAAUUGCUCCAAGGUUUGACAUUAAAUAUGAUGAUUAUUAUAAUAGUGUUAAUGAGAUAUGUAAAUAUAACCAAAAAGAAACUCAGGGUUUUGGAGUUACUGAUAUACUUGGGGUAAACCAUAGAAAAAGAUUGAAUAUAUUCUGGAGUCAAAGGUACAGAAAUAUUAAAUUGAGACUUUUUAAAAGAGUUGAUUUAUCUGAAGUUAAUAAAAAUGAUGCAACAUUGAAAAGUAUGCACUGGUUGGAUCACAAUAAAUUGGUAUUAAAACAUUCCUCAAGUAGUUGUGGAACUUUUUUAACGGUAUGGAAAUUUCAAUUUGAGAUUUUCAAUAUUGACAUUUAUAAGGAGAUCAUUUCAAGGAGGCUUGAGAAAAAAUCUAAUGCAUUUUUAAAUGAUUUAGAGAAUUUAUAUAUAGAAAUAUUAACUGGUGUAGACUCCAGACCCUUAUUAAGACAAGAAUUAAGCUUUUCAGGACCAAGAAUAGAUUUAAAAGUUGCUUUUGAUAAUAGUGAAAGGUUUAUUUUAGUAUAUCAACAUUUGGAUAAUGAAUUGUUUAUAUGGAGAUAUGAGUAUUCUGAUAGAAAUGAUCAGAUAGAUAAAAACACAAGAAAUACUCGAAUAUCAGGUAUAUUACCAAAUCAAUUCCAAUUUCAAAAGAUAUCUUUAAAACAAGGAGAAAAGAUCUUAAGUGCUUCCUGGAAACCUUGUUCGUCCAAUAUACCUUACAAGUUAAAGAAACUUGGAGGAAUAUCGGAGUUAUCUUCUUUUUCCAUGAUUUCGAGAAAUAGUGAAGAGAUUAUUGUUAGGAUUUGGAGAGAAUCAUCUUUAAAUAAACCAUGCCAAUUUAUUCAGGCUCUAUAUUUGAGAUUUAAUGACAGACCAUUAGUAAGAAAUGAAGAUAUUAAUUUAAUAUGGGAGAGUUUUAGGGAUAAUGUAAUUCAUCAUUUCAAUUCAGUAGAAACUUUGGAUAAAUCGAUAAAGGAUUUCAAUACAGAACUUGAAGAUCCUUCUUAUUAUUAUUCUACAAGCAGAUUUCCUUUAAUUGAAGAUGAUAGUGAUGAAUACUUCUAUUAUAUAAAUUCUGAUUACGAUGAAGAAUUUUCCAGAUCUUCAAUUCCUUUGAAUUCUUGCAUUCACAACCGUGAUAUUUUCACAAUGAAUGAAAAGCAAAAUAAAGUAGUUAAAUUAAUUAUUUCCAUAGGUAAAGAAACAUUUUGCUUUAAUGUAUUCCAAUUGGGUAUUUGGAAUGACGAAAUUAAUUCGUCAAUAAAAAAAUGGGAAAUAUGCAAAUUUAACAAUAUUGAGAAUAAUAACUUGUUGAACAACUUAGAAAUAUUGAAUAAUAAUAGUAAUUUUUUACCUGAUGAUAUGUCAAAUAUAAUUAUAUUUUGGAAGAAUAACAAACUUUCAAAUAGAUCAAAUGGAAAUAUUUACAACUUCAUCUUUAAAUUAAAGGAUUCAAAUAUUGUUGAAUACAUUUUAAAUGAGAAAACUGGUACUUGGAACUUGUUAAAAUUGACUAGAAUUAUCCCAGAAAUCCAAUCUAAUCUAGAAAAUAAUUUAAAUAUCCACGGAAAACUUGCUGUAGAACUAACUAAUACCAAUGAAAUUCUUAUUCUACUGAAUAAUGGACAUAUUCUUCUUUUAGAUAAUUUAAAUCCGAAAAAAUUAUUUACUUUCAUACAUGCAAAUAAAUUUGCAUGCAUUCAACCACAUAUUAACACAUUAAAUAUUAAUGUGGACACCGGUAUAGAGAUAAAUAAUAAUAUAUAUGAUUUGUGUGAUUUUGGUAUAGAAAGUAUAAUUAAUAUAUCUGAGGGAAUAGUUUCAAGUUAUUAUCAAAUUUUAUUAGUAAAGUUAAAUAAAGGAACUCAAUUGAAAGUAUUUGGAUUAACAAGUAUUUGUGAGAAUGGCUCUUCGACUUUGGAAUUAUUAGAGGUUGAAAUAAAUUCCAGGGAAAGAAUUUUUGGAGGUGAAUUUGAAGAUUUAUCAGUAGAUGAUGCUGAUUUAUCAAAAAACCAUGAAAAGAUUUUGGAAAAGUUAUUUAGUUAUAAUUUAAUGGAUAAUAUAUAUGAAAUAGUAUUUCUGGAUAAACAUUCUUCAGUUAUUGGUGGAUAUUGUAUUUGUGUAUGCUUAGUUAAAGAUUUAGUUUUGGAAGUUAAUCAUAUAAUAAUGUUUGAGAUUAGAAUGGAGAAUCAAGAUUCUUUGUUGUUUAACCAAGUUGAAAGAACUUAUGAUAAAACCAAGAUUAGAUUGGAAUUGAGGAUAGUAUCUCCUCCAAUGUAUCAGAAUUUGUCCAAUUUAAAUUUUAAUAAUUCUUUUUUAUUAAUAAAGCAACCAAGUACUGAAAACUCAUUAAUAUUUGUAACUAACGAAGUUUUUGUAUCAGGAAGUGAUUAUUAUCAAAAAAUUAAUAGCAACACUAAAGAAUUGGGACAAAUUUAUAUAUAUAUAUGUAGUAUAAGUGAUAGCCAGGAUAAUAAAAUGGAUAUAAUCGCAAAAAUAAAGUUGAAUAGAUCAUUCUUUGAUUUUAGUAAAGAUUUACUGUUAAUGGAUACUUUUGAUUAUAACUUAUUAAUUUAUAACAUUACAAAUGGAGAAUUACUUUGUUAUUCUUUACUUUCUUUAAAUAUGCUCAAUAUUGAAGAAGAUAGUAUAAAGGAGACUAUUUCUUUGAAUCCUUUUCAGUUAAUUUCGAUGACUAAAGAUCAUGGUUGUCCUCAAUUAAAAUCCAGCAAUCUUUCAAAAGAAAAUCUAAAGCAGGAUAGUGAAAACUAUGAUAAUCAAGCUUUAUAUAAUAAAGCCAGAAACAGUCAGUUGGUAAUUCUUCAAGAUUUUGAAAUGACCUACUUUUGUUUUUUUAUUAAUUAUGGGAAAAUUGUGGGAUCUAUUUAUUGGAACAAGAAUGUAUGCAGAUGGGAAACCAAUAAAGAAAUUGACUUAUAUAACCACUUUAAAAUGAAUAAUUCUGGAGAGUUAAUAAAAAUACAAAGAUUAGAAGUAUUUGAUGGAAUUUAUCUAUUUUUCAAUACUAAUGACAAAAUUGUUCCAAGAAUAUAUAAAAGACCUGAAAAUGAUGUAUUUGAAAAAAAUAAUAACUUUUCACUGAAACAUAUUCAAGUAUUAGAAGAUUUUGUUUUUUCAUUAAAUGAUAGAAAACAAUCAUUUUCGGUACAAAUUUUUGAAAAGAUUAGAGAAAAUUUACAAGAAUCACCAAAUCUUAAUAUUAUACCUUACAGUAUAGACAAUUCUUUCUUUGAAUAUGAUAAUGAUCAUGGGAAAUCUCUGGAUGAUUUGGGAGAAUAUCAAAGAUUGUACAAUUCUUUAUUUGAAUUAAGAAUAAAUAAUAAAAAAGGUCAUAUAAUGAGUAUAAUGGAGUUUGAAGAAUGCCAAAUAAAGAGAUUCUUUAUUAGAAAGAAUUAUUUUGAUAUGGAAAGGAAAGGUGGAUUGGUUCUUAAAUCAGAGGAUAUUUGCUGGAUUUCACUAUGCGAAAAAGAUCAAAUAGUUGAUAAAAUUCUUUCAAAUGGUGAUAGUAAUAUAGUCGAUUGGAAAGAUUUGAAAAGAUUUGGGUUAAUUUAUAUAUUAACAGAAAGUAAUCAAUUUCAAGAAUUUGUUGAAAGGUGGAUUCAAAAAUUAUACCAAAAACUUGUCAAAGUUAUUGCUGAAAAAAGAAAAGAAUUAAGUUUUGAAUUCACUGAUAAUAAAACAAAGAAAACUUCUGAUAUUUCCCAGGAUGAGAUGCUGAAUAUAGUAAUAAUAAUAUAUACAUGUUUAAAUAAAUUGAAUAUAGUUUCUGCAAUAUUUAAAAUUUUGGAUCAGAAAAAUGUAUUUGAUUUUCUAUUAAAUUACAAUGUAAACAAUGAGGAAUUAAGGAAACAAGCAAUUAAGAAUGGUUAUUACUUGAUAAAACAAAGAAAUUAUUACUGGAGUUUAUGUUUCUUUUUACUUAGUAGAUCUUAUGAUGAAAUUACAAAUGUAUGUAUAAAAUAUUUGAAUGACCCACAAUUAUUGUUACUUUUAUUGAAAUUGUUGAUCAAUUUAAAUGGAAUAAAUGAUAAUGAAAAAAAUAAUUUGGUAAAUCUGUACAAUAAGCAUUUGAAUGAUUUGUGGUUGUUGUCAUUAAUGAAUAAAGACCCUUGGUUAAGUAUAAUAUCCAUAUUAAAUUAUUCUAGUAUAAAUCAUUUCAAAUUUAAUAAUAUUAAUAGAAUGGACAUACUUAAUAUUAUAUUAAAAUUGUCAUCUCCAACCAUUUUCUUUAAAGUUUGUGAAUUAAUGAAUGGAAUUGAAUAUUACUUUAAAAUGAAUAUAAAUCAAGAAGAAACUAUUCAAAACAAUCAGGUGGAAAAUUUUAUUAUAAAUCACCAUAAUAGCUAUGACUUGAGUUACAGUUUUAUCCACCCUGAACAUUUGUUUUUAUUUAAUAAUUAUAUUAAAUUUAAAAUUUCAUUAAGUUCCCAAUCAAAAGCUUACGAAUCAAACGAAAAUUCAAAAUACCCAUCAUUUGAAAAUAUUAUUGAAAUAAUCUCUUAUUAUAUAAAAAAAUGCAUGAAUCCUUAUCAUUAUAUUUCAUGGUUAUCUUAUAUUGAAGAAAAUAAUACUUUAUUUAAAACUGAAAACCUUCACUACCAUAACUAUUAUAAUUUAAUUAUUAAGCCAAAUAUUAUUAACAGAAUUAAAAAUUAUGUCAGGUACUUACAUAACAAUUAUUUCUUCUUUUUGAAUAACAAUAAUCUAUUAAAUUGGAUUAAUAAAUUUUCCAAAAUCCCAGAAUUUAUCUCCAUUUUUAAUUUCAAUUUUAAUCAGGCAAAAUCUAAUAUUACUAUUAAUCCUAUUAAUAUUUUUAAUUAUUUAUUAUUAAUUAAUGUGGACAAAUAUUAUGAAAAAAAUCAUCAUAUCAAUACCGGCAUUCACACAGAAAAUGACGUAAUUAAUGAUGACAUUUGCAGAAUACAUGUUGCAUGCAAAAAAAGACUAUCAAAUGAUUUUUCUGAGUUUAGAGGACAAUAUUUGAAUUUAAUUUUUGAAAUAUUUUCUAAUAAACAAAAUUCUUGGGAAUUGAAUAAUUUAGGGUUUGGUCACUUAUGGGAAGUUUUAUUUGAAUUUUUUUCAAGGAUUAACAAUGAAAUAAUACUAACUUUUCAAACUAAGAAGGUUGAUUUAAUUAAUAUUGAUUAUAAUCGAUACAUAAGAAAUAAAUGUGAAUUGUUUAUAUUGAUAUUGCAAAAUAAAAUUAAUCAGACUGUGAUUGAGUUAUUAUUUCAAACAGGAAAUGAGGCUAAUACUGAAUUAGAACCAGAAAUUGGUUUUUCUAGUGUUUUAAAUCAAGAUUCUAAAAUAAUGAUCAAACUUUUAAAGAUUUAUAUGGUAAUGGUUUUAACACAAGAGCUAAUAGUGAAAAUGGAAAGUUUGCAAAAUAUUAAUGAUGUUUUUUAUAGCAAUAAAUUGUUAAAGUAUAAGAAUUUUGUUAAGAUAUUAAAGUUUGUUAUAAUACUAAAAAGUUAUCACAAAUUAGAUUUGCAUUUAAAGAGAACAUUAACCAAAAGAUUGGGGGUCAAGUUAUUAAAGUUUUUGAGAUUAUUAUUGAAAUUUAGUAAAGAAUAUGGUUAUAUUAAUGAAAUUCAAAGUAAUACUCAUAAUAUUAUCCAAGAAGAAAUAAAUAAUAAUACAUUUCAAUUUCAAAAAUCUGACAAACUAAUUUACUUUAAUACUAUUUUAAUUGUAUUAUCAACAAGUAUAUUAAAAAUACAUCAGGAUUUAAUUGAUGAAAAUAUUAAUAAUGAAAAUGAUAUCAACUCAUCAAUACAAGAAGAAUCUUUUAAAUACCAAGUAACAAAUCAGUUGAGUUUAGCUUUGAGAGAAUGCUAUUAUAAUAGGGUAUUUAAAGAGUGGAAAGAAAUCAUAGUUUCAUUAUUACCAUUGAUUUUAACAUAUUAUUAUGAUUCUAUUGAUGAAAAGAUGAGUGUUUUAUUUAUUAGAGUGGCCACAAAUCUUAAUAAUCAACAAGUCAAUUCUAAUAAUUCUACUAUUCAAGUUAUUGUAACAAAGAUCAUUUUAGUAUUGGAACAAAUUUGGAUUGGAAUGGGAAUUAGAGAUUUACUUUUAUUAAAUGUACUCAGAAAUCGAGAAUUAAUAAUGUCAUAUGAUGUGGGGUCAAUAAACAAUUUGUAUUAUUAUUUAUUGAAGAAGGUAUGGAAUUUUGAAGAAAAUACUAGUAAGGAUGCGAGUAAUGCUUCUACAACUAUUGAAUUGGAGUCUAGUGAACAGUUUUCUGUGAGUUUAUUGACUUGCAAAUCUUCUAAAUCAUCAUCAUUAUCCUCUUCUUCAUCUAAUGAUAUUAAUAAUCAUAGUAAUAAUAAUAAUAAUAAUAAUACUAAAGGUGAUAAUAGUGAUUUAGGCUUUAAAUUGGAGAAAUUGAAAUUGGAUUUUUCAAAUGAAUACUUUAAAUUAAGUGAUGAAACAUUUAAAUAUAACAAAAAAGAAGAGUCUAUUAAAAUGAAUAAUCCAUCAUUAUUUAUGAUCAAUAUGUCAAUAUACAAUCAUCGUAUUGUUCCAACUCCUAAGUUAAAUUUGGCUCCAAAUCUCUCUAUAAAUAGUAAUCAAAUUAAAGAGAUGGUAUUACUUGACCAGAAAACAGAAAGUAUUAAUGAAAUAAUUGAUAAUGGAAUAACUAAAUAUGAAGACGAUGAUUUUUACUAUUAUAAUUGUGCAUUCAAUCAAGAUAUAAUGAAUAAAGAACAUGAAUUAUUUGAGUCCGAAAAUGAGGAUGAAAUUAAAGAUGGAGAUGGAGAUGGAGAUGAAGAAUUUGAAGAAGAUUAUUAUUACAAAUGGUAUAAAAACAGAAUACAAAAAGAAGGUGAAUUAGAAGGGACAGGAAAACUACCAAAUACAUUAUUAGGCCAUUUAUUGUAUCAGGAAAGUCCUAUAAUAAUGGAUUGUAAGAUGGAUCCAAAUAAUUCCCCAUUUUUGUUAUUGGGUGAGAAAACUCAUUUAAUAUUAAAUUCAAAAUUAUAUUUCAUACAUCCAAUUAGUUUUAUAAGAAAGAAUCAUUUAAAUUCAUAUUAUUAUGAAGAAAUUAUUUUUCAAAGAAGAAAAUUUGGACCAAGUGAAGAAUUUUAUUCAAUUUUUAAAUCUGGAAAUAUCAUCAAAUUAGAAGUACUUUUCAACUCUUAUCUUUUAAAAAGACUUUUAAUUUUUAAGAAAUUGCAUGAAAAUCAGGAUAAUUAUGGUUUAAUAUCAUAUAGGAAAUUACAAAAGAGCAGAUCUAAAAAAAGUAUAUCACCAUCAAUAUCAUCUCCUUCUAUUAUGCCAAUAUAUGACAUAGAUUUUUGUGUUAAUAUAAAGAAAGGUAUUAAAAGUAUUUAUCUUGAUUUAUAUUCAUCAAAAGAAAAUGAAAAUAAUUUAUUCAGUGAAUUAAAUAGAGGAGUAUUAGAAUCAUCUAUAAAUUAUAAUAAUCAAGAAAUACGAUUUUUGCAGAUAUUUAUGGAUAUACCAUUAAGUUUUUCAAAAAUAAAAAAUCAAUUUAAUAAUGUUAAAGCAAUUAUAUGUGGUGAAGCAAUACAAUUAAGAAAUCCAAAAGUAACACAUAUUGUUUAUCCAUAUUGGAGUCAUUCUUUGGCAUUUAGUAAUUAUCACAAAGUAAAUCAUCCUAAUUAUUUUAUUGGAGAUAAUAAUAAUAAUAAUAAUAUUACUGGUAAUACCAGUGAUAAUGGUAAUAAUAAUAAUAAUAAUAAUAAUAAUAAUAAUAGUAAUAAUAAUAGUAAUAAUAAUACUUAUAGUAAAUCCAGUCCAAAGCCUGUAAUGAUAUCUAACAAUUUAUCAAAAUCAUAUUAUAAUUCAACAAAAAGAAAUGUUAAUAAUGGUAUAUAUGGUAAUCACAAUUUUUCUAAUAAUAGUUUAUCUUCAGCUUUUGCUCUUAAUAAGAAUUUGGAUCCUGGUAAAAAAUCUUUCAAAUCUAAUGAUUCUUCAUUUUCAAAUAAUAAGUUAAUGGUAAAUAAUCAUCAUUUAGGUAAUAUAACACAUGUAAGUUGGUCUCCAAGUAAAAUACAUAUAAUUCUGUCAACUUCUAAUGGAUUUAUUAUGGUUUAUAAACUAAACUCUAACAACAAUUAUUUAAUUGAUCAAGAGGAUGAAAUUUUUCUUCCUUCUUCAGCACUUUCAUCUUCAUCUAAUAUUGGUAAAAUCAAUUCUAAAAUAAAUCCUAAUAAUAUUAAUUUGAAUUCAGAUUCUACUAAGAAUAUAUUUUUAACUCCUCUUUCUGGAAAUUAUAGUUCUAAUAAUUAUACAAGUUCUAAUACAAACUCUGCUUCUAAUCCAUUUAUUCCAAUAUAUAUAUUCCAAGUACAUAAGUCCAAUUGCUACUGGUCUUGUAUUAUUGAUCAUUCUUGCAGAUAUUUUUUAACAUCAGGUAAUGGUAUUAAUUUUGUAUAUAGUAGUAAUAAUCACUUAAAUGAUCAGGGGGAAGAAUUUGGAAUGUCAUUAAAUUUUGGAAAAUAUACUAAAUAUAAUUCCAGAGGUGAAAGAGUACCUGUUGUAGGCAGUAAUAUUGUUACUACUACUACUACUAAUACUAAUACUAAUACUAAUACUAAUACUACUACUAAUAUUCAAUCACUGAGUACAUCAGCUUUUCCCCAUACUAAUUCUAUAAAUAUUAAUAAUUAUAAUUAUUCAAAUAGUGGAAUAAUAAGUGAAAGUAUAGAAGGUUUAGGAGGGAGUUUAAUUAAUAGUGGUACAUUAAAUUUGGCAGAGUUUAUGGGAGAUAAUACUUUAAAUUUAAGUAGUAAAAUAGAGAUUUCAUCAGUAUUAUCAGAUGAGAAUUGUUUAUGUAUAUGGGAUAUUUGGACUAAUUUAUCAUAUAAUUUAUCUCUAAUUAGUAGACCAGAUUUAUUAAUAGCUUUAGAAAGUUCUCCAAUUUCAGUAAGUCAUAACUGGAAACAAGCCAAUACACUUUUAAUUAUUACAAAUACUGGAAAUCUAUGGUUUAUAUCUUAUUUAUUUGGAAGACAAUUUUUAAAUCCAAGUUUAUUUAAACUUAAACAAAAAAAUAUUCUUACUUCAAAUUUAUCAAAUAUGUCAAUGAAUAAUAAUACUAUUAGUAGAAAUCCAAAUUAUAUUAGCUCAAAGCUGACUGUAUUUUCAUCUGAUGGAACAUGCAUUAUUUAUAAUAUAUUUUUAUUACUUAAAUCAUCAUUUAAAAGAUGCUUUAAUAAUAACCAAAUCACUAUUGUACCAAUUAUUAAAUUUAAUAUUAAUCAUUCAGUUUCAAUCAAUCCUCUUAAUAUCAUUAAUAACAGUUUGUCAUCUAACCAAUACAACAAAAUCAUUUCUAAUGCAAUUUUUAUAAGUAAAAAUACUCUUUUAAUUAUUGACUCACAGCAGAACUGUAAAAUAGUACAGUUACUCCCAUUUUUCAGCUAA